GUAAUAAAACAUACUAAUAAAUCCAAUUAAACUUUGUUACUAUUGCUGUCGCAUCCACAGCCUAAAAUUUUGUAGUCAGUGACCUUCCAAAUUAUUUUUAAUGUUGACAACUAUCCACAUCUAUGCUACAACAAAGAUCUAUUUGCUAUAACUUAUGCCACGUAGACAAAAAAUCUAAGAACAGUAUAACUGCGUCGAACUUACAUCAUUUUUGAUCAGUAUAACUUGUGCCACGUAGACAAAAAAUCUAAAAACAGUAUAAUUGGGUUGAAUUUAAAGUUAAGUAUUGUUUUCUAAAACAAUUGUCUUUCUGAAUAAUUCAAAACUUCUGUAGGAAGUAGAAUUAAAUAAUAAGACCAAUAAAAAUAUCAAAAAUGAUAUUAAAGGGAAUUUUUACCCUUUUAACUAUUUUUUAUCUCCAAAAUGCCGUCAUAUCAGAUUCUCAACAAGUCUUAUUUGAAACUACUGAUAUAAAUUCCAUUAAAAAAUUUAUCGAUGAAAACUAUAAUGCAUCCCGCAGUAAUUUUUCAGUGUUUGAAAAUUUGACUUGGGAUGAAAAAAACAAAACAGCUGGAGACUUUUACCUGAAAAUGACAACAUUGAUUGAAAAAUUAUCAAAAAUGAAAUCGAGCGAUGAAGGCUCUGCUCUUUAUUGGUGGGAUAAUGUAGUAGUAAAAGAGUUGAAAGCUAAUGUAGUAAGUGUCAAGAACCCUAUUGAUAUGUUCUACUUAAAUGGUCAACUAAACAAUGUACGCAAGGCAAUUGAGUACGACGUAAGAAGAUUAUCCUCACUUUCUUUAACUUUUGCUCCAAAUACCCGGAACGCAAAUUACUGUAUGCAUGCGUGGGCAUUAAAUUGGUAUUCCAUAAAUCAUCCUAAUUUCGAAUCCGAGUUACGUGAAUCGUACAUUCAUAUGGGUCAAUUUGGCAAUAUUCGCGAAGUCUUUUAUGAUUUAUUAUUACACUUGUCUCGUGAAGAAAAGACAGAAAACAACAGAUACGAUUACUGUAAACGAUUUUCUUCAUUCCAUCAAAGACUGUACAAUUUAUACAGACAAGUUGUAGUUGAAAGCUUUCAAGAGUUUAGUGUGAGAUAUUUCGCCUCUAUGGGAGAGGCAAUUUGUGAUUCACAAGUUGAUAUGUGGAUCCUCAAAGAGAUGGAAGAAAACUUAUUUAAUUCAUUGAAGACAAUAAUGGAGUCAACCAAAGAAGUUUUGUACAACAUGACAUAUUAUAUGUUUCCGUGUGAUCCGACAUACCAUGAAAACAUGGAUGAAGAAACAAACCUUGAGUUAGAGAAAAUGGUGCAGACGGUAAUAAUUGCAGAAGAGGAUUUGAGCACCACGCACUCCUGCAGCCAUAACUGUAACACGAACUUAAUAAAAGAUACUUUAAACAAGAAAGAGUGUGAUGAAUUUCUGGACUGUCGAUAUAGUACGCCCGGUUACCAGAUCACUGAAUUGACAAAUAGCAGCAGACGUUAUGGAUAUUUUACCGGUAUUGAUGGUGAAGACAAAAAGCAGUAUGGUGACCCCGAUCGGUUUUUCGAGAACCUUGAAUAUUCUUCAGAUGUAUCUAGUUCAUACGACUGGGGUUCAAUGAGAUACUGUGACUACUGUAUUUGUACUUGUGCUAUCAAGCCGUCGCGCUCGCCACAUGUAAUUACUGCUAUCAGUUUGAGAGAUCAAGUUUCGGAUAUCGAAAACAACAUGGCUAUUUCGGGUGCUAAGUUUGUGAAGAAAGAUGGCAUGAUUCAUAUUCAAAUCUUAGAGGGUGAAGUUCUACCUCACGGUCAACUUGGAUAUGAAGUGUGGAAGCCAUUGGAAGAAUUUACUUACAAUGAAAGUACUAAAAAAUUCUAUGUCUUGAAAAAUAAUGAGUCCCAAAUUCCACUUGAGUUUGGAGUUGAUUAUGCUCGUCCACAUGAAAUGAACUUGAACAAUGUGAUGGCACCAAAGAAGCAUGCCAUCACAGGAGUCCGCUGGCGAUUCGCCGGAGAUUCUCUUGAAUUUCCCAAACGAAAGCAAGGUCCAAUUGAAUUACAAGUUCGAGUAACAUCUCUCGAUUUUUCGAGAGGAAAAUUAAUUAAUCUCGAUCAAUCAUCAUGGAUAACUCCUAAAGAACAAGUUCUCAAAGAUGAAUUGAUAUUAGAAAAUCCAGAUAAUCCUAAUUAUGUGAGUGAAAAUACUGGCUGGAUUUUCGGAAACCAAGAAGAUCCUCAGUACGGGCAAUUAAAAAUUCAUUCGACUGUAACGUCAAAUAAAUUUGUUAAAUUCCGAGCAUCUGAUUUGAUAAAAGAUGCUGGACAGUCAACUGUGCCAUUCUUUGAUGGACGUGAAACUAUAAUGUAUAAAAGUUUUUUGGGUGGAGUCGGUCUUGUUCAUCGCGGUCUUCCUGAUUCUGGUGGACAUAUUGCCUUCAAAAUUUUCGAUUUUGAUAUGUCGCCUUAUUUCAUUAUCAACGACGAUACUUCUCAAACAUUAUUGGAUUCACUCUUACAAGCACGCGUCUAAAUAGAGUUAUCGAUGAAAAACAAGGGUUGGAAACUAACGUUGAAUGGUAAGAAAAAUAUAAAAAAAAAUUUUAUAACGAUUAAGGAAGUUCGAGCGUAACU